GUUAAAGUCCAUCUCCAGUUUGGUUGCAUAUCGAUCUCAGCUGCUCCUCCUUUACGCCGGCUCAAAACCGAAUACGCCGAUCAUCUGAAACACGCUUUAUAAGUUCUUCGAGAUGAAAUCAUCAAAAAUGCUGAGGCUGGCCUCAUUUUCUUUGUUGUCCGUCAUUAUUCUGGGGUCGCUCGGAUCUUUGGCGAGCUCACAAGAUAACCAAUACUGUUCAAAGUCGCAGCCAGUCAGCAUGGACCUUCUUCCUGAAAUCAAUUCUAAAUUGGAGGACUUGGAGGAAUUGGUCCACACCAAGCUGGAUGACCUGAAGGACCAGCAAGCUGCCCUUCUUGAAUCUUUUAACAACAUGCAAAACACUCUACACGCAAUUCUUACCAAAAAAGAUGGUCCCGAAGCCAUUCCUCAAGAAACUGAUGUCGAAAAUUAUGAGAAAACAAUUCCGCCGAAGUUUGAGCAAAUUGGCACAAGGUAUUUCUACAUUGAGGAUAAUCAAAGGCUUAAUUGGACUGAUGCCGCAGCCGCUUGUCAUCGGAUGGGUGGUUACUUGGCUGGCAUCAAAAACCUAAAGGAACUGUAUGCCAUUCAAUUGAAACUAAAUGAUGGUUUUAGUUACUGGCUUGGCAUCAACGAUCUUGCCACCAAGGGUAAAUUCAUAUCAGUAGCAUCCGGAAAACCAGCCGUAACUUUAAAAUGGGGGAGCAUUCGCCCGUUUAACAGUAGGAUGUGCGUUUUAGUACAAGACGUUUUAAUGUACGAUAUAGACUGUGAUAAUCACUAUCGUUUUAUUUGUCAAGCCGACAACGAAAUAUAG